AUGUCCAACCAUACGUUUCCUCCAUCUUCUCCUCUGGCAUCGCAGAGAUCUUUCCCCAUAGAUGCAGCUGAUGCAUCAAUUGACUCCAAUGAUUCCACUUUUUCAGAACUAGUAAAUGAUUCUCCGAUCACUUCAAACAAUUUGAGAGCAGUUACUCUAGGCAAAGUUGGAAACGUCUUAAGACAUCACCACAAGGAAGAUUAUCCUUCUCCAUUACCAUCAUCUAGUACUGGAAGAUAUUCUUCACCGACCAGAGCACCAACUUCAUACCAUUCUACUAUUCAACGUUCUGAAGUCUUAAAUUUCUCCUCGAAGCCAACAAGAAAUCCUCAUAAACAACCACUAUUAGAAGAUUUCCCAAUAUAUAAACCACCAAAGACAAAACCGAUUGAUUUGGAACUACAGUCAAAUAAUGCCCAAACAAUAAUAAUUGGUCGUCAAUCGACGUCAUGUGACGUCACACUACCAAAAUUGAAACAUAUUUCAAGAAAACAUGCUUCCAUUUCAUAUAUUUCAAGUAGCAAUCAAGUAAGAUUAGAAUGUCUUGGUUCAAAUGGUUUAGUUGUCUUAUUGCCAUUUAAAUUAUCUGGUCAUUUGGUUAGACGUAUUAAGGAAAUGAAUACUUUUGAAAUCUCAUCAUUUUACGAAGAUGAUGAAUUAGUUAAUUCACAAGACAAAAUUUUAUUGAAAGAUAAGGAGUUGACCUCAUUCGUCUUAUUAAAGGGUGAAACUGUCUUAAUCCCAUUUAUUAACGGAACAACCAUUGAUUUCAGAGAUUCUGAAGUUAUCCUUCACAUGAAACAAUUGUCUGAAACUACAACAUAUUCUGGAAUCUCAGACUUAAACGAAGGUGUCACAAUUAGUGAUGACAACGAUAACGCCAUUGUCAAUAACUCUAACCAUGUUUCAGCGAAUAGUUCUGUCUUUGGACCUGAACAAUCAAUAGAAGCCUCAACACCAAUCCGUAUAGGGGUAACUCCUCAUUCAUCCUUUACAGUUCAAACUCCAGCAACUCCUCAGAAGAUCCAAAAGCACAUAAGCAUACAUAAUCCAAAGAAUACAGUUGACAUUACCCCUACUGACAAUAGAGAUCCGUCCAUUUCUAUUCUAAAGCGUCCAUUAGAACAAUUGUCGUUAGAAAAUGAUCAUCAACAAACAUCUGAUGAUCAAAACGGAAAGCUAGUAUCAAAUGGUCACAAGAAAGUCAAGUUACCUGUAGAUACUUAUGAACAGACAGACGAAGAAAUAUUAAAAUCUUUAGAACAAAGAGGAGUUGAUUAUAAGUCUUUGCAACACGUUUUAGCUAAUCAUUUGGCAUUUGCAAAUAUUCAACAAACCCCAUUACAUCAAUUGAAGCAAGUCAAUUCGAAAACUAAUGCAUUAAAAAGAAAAGAAUUACGUGCUCUAUUGAAAUCUGUGAAAUGUAUCGGCGUAAUUUAUCGUCAUGGGAAAGAUGCCGCCGGGAAACCAUUGGACGAAGAGUAUUAUUAUGAUUUGGAGAACGAUGAUGAUCAAGAUAGAAGGAAUUUAGUUACUUCAUUGAAGGGUGGUAGAACAGGAUUAAGAUCCUGUAGAAAAACUCAUAAGCAAUAUUUUUGGAAGAAGCCUACAAAAUAG